AUGGGGGACGUGGUCUCGGAUAAGUCCAUCAUCUCUUGGAACGAGCUCCGAAGACACUGUACGACCGGAGACUGCUGGAUUAUUGUUCAUUCCAAGGUGUAUAAUGUUACUGAGUUUCUUGGAGACCAUCCCGGUGGAGCAGCAAUCAUCCUGAAAUAUGCCGGUUCGGAUGCAACACAAGCAUAUAAUGAAGUUCAUGCACCAGGGCUUAUAGACGAGGCGUUAUCUCAAAGACACUUUAAAGGCCAUAUUGACCCACUUAGUCUGCCAAAGAAAGAGGAGACAGUAACGAUGCAAACUACUCAAGAAGCUAAAAAGAAUCUGGUUGAAGAGAAAUCCAUCCCGGACAUUCCGCAUCUACAUACGCUGCUUUCUGUAGCAGACUUUGAAGCUGUCGCCCAAAAGAAAUUCACUGGAAAAACCUUUGCUUUCUACUCAUCAGCGGCCACAGAUCUCAUUUCGCAUCGUGAUAACCUAGAAAGUUUCCGGAAUUUACUAUUAAGGCCGCGCGUGCUCCGCAAUGUAAAGGAUGUCUCGAUAUCUCGUCGCAUCCUGGGCUAUGAGAGCAGCGCCCCUUUCUUUGUUAGUCCCGCAGCAAUGGCUAAGUUAGCCCAUCCAGACGGUGAAUUGGCGAUUGCGCGAGCUUGUGCAGAGGACAACGUCAUUCAAAUUAUUUCGACUAAUGCCUCAUAUCCUCUCCAAGACAUUGUUGCCGCUGGGCGUCCCGGCCAGACAUUCUUCUUGCAGCUUUAUGUCAACUCUGAGCGCCGAAAGACAGAGCAAUUACUCAUCAAGGCCCGCAAGUUGGGAAUAAGAGCCAUUUUUGUGACGGUCGACGCGCCCAUUCCUGGAAAGCGAGAAGCCGAUGAGCGCAUCUCGGCGGAGAAAUUUGUCUCUGCAAUGAGCGGUGCGAUAGCUAUCAACGACAAGAAAGGGGGUGGACUGGGCCGAGUCAUGGCUCAGUAUAUCGAUUCAUCUUUGAAUUGGGAGGAUCUGACUUGGAUCAGGAGGGUUUCGGGCCUACCAAUCGUCUUGAAAGGUGUACAGACAGCUGCGGAUGCGAAACUAGCAGCUCAGCAUGGCUGUGAAGGAAUUUUGUUGAGCAACCAUGGAGGAAGAUCAUUGGAUACAGUGCAACCAGCGAUAUUAACACUGAUGGAAAUCCACAAGGAAUGCCCGGAAAUCUUGAACAAGCUGGAAAUAUAUGUCGACGGAGGUAUCCGACGAGGAACAGACAUCUUAAAGGCGCUGGCAUUAGGGGCAACGGCUGUCGGCGUUGGUCGGCCAUACCUGUACUCGCUGGCCUAUGGACAGGAAGGCGUCCAGCACUUAACUGAAAGUAGUGAAGUUCUCAAAGAUGAGCUUGUAUCCACGCUGAAGCUCAGUGGGAUCACAGAUGCCAAUCAAGCCCAUCCGGGGAUGAAUACGAUAACAGAGAAUGAUUAUUCUUUCUAUAAUAUGUCUCUACUCGUUCGUAUGGCUCAUAAACUACGCCAGAAGCAAAAAGGGCCCAGUUUCUUAGAAAUUCUUUACGAAUGGAUGCAAGGUCAAAAGAACAUUAACAAAAUACUUGACGGAUGGAACAAGAAACAUGGACCUAUCGUGCAUGCCAGAACUGGUGCAAAAACAUUCAAUAUCUUGUACACGCGCCAGGCAGCGCACGAUCUCCUGGAGAAAAGGGCUGCGAUAUAUAGCUCACGAGCCCCUUCGAUAUUUCUCGAUAAAUACUUACACAACGGGCUAGCAUCUGCGUUCAUGCCGCAUGGGACUAAAUGGAGGCUACAUCGACGACUGCACUCAAACUUUCUCAAUAUCAAAGUUUCCAAAGCGUAUCAAAGCCUGCAGGAUAUUAAAAGCAGAUAUGUAAUGCGUGGACUGCUUUCGUCAAAUGACUAUGCUGGCUUGUUUUAUCGAUAUACGUCGAGCAUUAUGUUUGCGCUUACGUAUGGAGGCGGAAUGAUGGAAAUGGAUGACGACGGCAAUGCGAAUGAACACCACCACAAUCACAGCAGGCUACAUCAGAUAAACGAAAUGGCUACAUUCAUUCUCCAGAAUGCCUCUGCAGGCCCAUUAUUGCUUGAUAUUCUCCCUAUCCUCGACUACUUGCCGGUAAAUAUGUGUAUGACAUGGCGGGACAAAGCUCGUGAACUUCAUGAACAACCUACAAAAGCGUAUAUUGAAUGUGCCAGCGCUGCCCUCGGGCCUGAUCAUUGCUGA